ACGCGGGUGAGGCGGCCCCGGGAGCAUGAGCGGGCAGCGCGUGGACGUCAAGGUGGUGAUGCUGGGCAAGGAGUACGUGGGCAAGACGAGCCUGGUGGAACGAUACGUGCACGACCGCUUCCUGGUGGGGCCCUAUCAGAAUACCAUCGGGGCCGCCUUCGUGGCCAAGGUGAUGUCCGUUGGAGACCGGACGGUGACUUUAGGUAUUUGGGAUACAGCAGGCUCUGAGCGCUACGAGGCCAUGAGCCGAAUCUAUUAUCGGGGCGCCAAGGCUGCCAUCGUCUGCUAUGACCUGACGGACAGCAGCAGUUUUGAGCGAGCGAAGUUCUGGGUGAAGGAACUGCGCAACCUAGAGGAGGGCUGUCAGAUCUACCUGUGUGGCACCAAGAGUGACCUGUUGGAGGAGGACAGGCGCCGCCGCCGUGUGGACUUCCACGACGUCCAGGACUAUGCAGACAAUAUCAAAGCUCAGCUCUUUGAAACAUCCAGCAAGACAGGCCAGAGUGUGGACGAGCUCUUCCAGAAAGUGGCAGAGGACUACGUCAGUGUGGCUGCCUUCCAGGUGAUGACAGGGGAAUCUGCCAGGACCAGACUUCCUUCCUGCCAUUCUGUUCUCAUGGUGUGACCUGGGAGUCCAGCUCCAGUGAGAUGCUGCUGAGCCUGGGAAAGGAUCGCUGAUGCACUUCGUGCCCUGACUGUAGUGUGGGGUAGAGAAUGUGAAGAUAAAAUAAUUAUUUCCAUCAAUGCGAAAGAUGCAGGUUUGGUAGUUGUUCAAUUAGAGGAUCAACACAGUGACUUAAAUCACCUCAAACUCAGUAACUUCAGGGGCAAGCAGACAUUUAAAAACUGGGAUCCUUCUGUAGCAAUGACAGUUAUUUUGCUAUUAGAAUGGGUUUGCUUCAGCAGGAGAAGCAAAUGAGGCUUUGAAUUCAAAUUUCAACAGUUUCCAUCAAGUUCUUCUGACUGAACAGGGCUAGGAGAGAUAUUGGUUCUUUAGCUACCUAUGGAAGCUAUAACUUCCCCCUUGGAAACGUUUCCUGGGGACUGGCUUAGGGGCACUCUCUCUUGAGAUCCUGAUUUCCAGGCACUUGGUCAAAUACCAUCCUGCACAAAGAUCAGGAGUUUCUAAGAGAAAAGCUUUCCUUUUAACUGCCAAUUCAUACCCUCUGGAGAAAAGGUCUCAGUACAAGGCUCCAGGAGAGUCCCCAAGAACUGGCAGGAUCACUGUCUCCCCACUGUCCCUCAUGCAAGAGUUUCAAUUUCCCAGUAGUCCUUCUAACUCUGCUUAUUAUAUGGUGACUGCUUUCUUGAUGUUAACAAUCUGGUAUCAGAUGCUGCUAUCAGUGGGCCUGACAGCUGAAUUUCUACUUUCCAUUCUACCUGAGAGUCUUUAAGUAAC